UACGGUUCGGGUGGCGUCGGUAUCAGUUUGAUCGUCAUAUCAAUCUGUCCGUGUGACCAUGGACGAGGAGGGCUGUUCGAGCGGGUUAACAAUUAUCGGCGAAAUAAAAAUUGACAAAGAUGAGUUCAUGAGAUACCUAAAUGGUGAAAUUCCGUUCGCCGAAUGGACUCAAGGACAAGAGUUGCUGGAUGUCUUUGCCAUCGAUGACAAUGCUCCCGAGUCUGUGGAAACCCAAGGAGAGCAAGAUGGGGACAUGGGAGAGAAUGCCAGCGAUGGAAGCGAUGACGAUGACAAGGGUGAUGCAGUGGAAUCAGCAGACGAGGAUGAAGAGGAUGAAGAGGAAGAAGAUGAUGGAGAGAAAGAGCCAGAUGAGAAAGAUGAGGAAUACUUGCCUCAUGGGACGAGGCUGCGGAAAGGAAAAGUGGGCCGACCCCGGAAACACAGACCAGAACCUGUUACCCCUAAGAGGCCCCGGGGGCGACCAAGAGGCACAGGAACCAGGAGGCAUGGGUUCUCAUCCUCACGAGAGGACUCGCCCAUGGCGCAUGAGCUGCGGCUGGGCCGAGAGGAGAAGAGACGGGGCCCCCGCAGCCGCCACAGCCGGGUGCCCAAGCCACUGCGGGGCCUGAUGGGGGAGGCUCACCUGUGCUUUGCCCGAGGCAGCCACCAGGAGGCAGCCAAGAUGUGCCUGGAGAUCAUCCGGCAGGUGCCGCGUUGCCCGGACCCCUACCAGCUGUUGGCCAUGAUCUACGAGGACAAGGAGGACAUGGAGAGGUGCCUGCAGUUUUCCCUGAUUGCAGCCCACUUGAGGCCCAGGGACACAGAGGAGUGGACGCGGUGUGCUGAGAUGUCCCUGGAGCAAGACGACAUCCAGCAAGCCAUACGCUGUUACUCAAAAGCUAUCAGGUACAAUCCCAAGGAGCUGUCCAAUCAUCUGGAGAGGAUCCAUCUGUAUGAGCAGGUGAAAGACACCAAGAAGGUGAUGGAAUGCUACCAGAUCAUGCUAAAAGCCCUGCCGGACGACCAGGGGAAACAGUACAUGCAGCUGGCCAAAGAGCUAGUCAAGGCUCACCACCAGAACGGAGACAUUGCAUCAGCAGUGGACAUCAUGAAUACUGCAUUUUCCAAGCAUCCAAAGUUGAUCAGUUCAGAGGAUGUGAAUAUGCUGGCUGAGCUGCACAUCGCCAGUCGUCAGUACCAACGAGCUCUGCAGGUAAUCUCGGACCACUGCGCAGUGGUUCUGCGAUCUCAGAGCAGCUGUGACCACCUGGAUCUGGAGCAACUCUCGCUGGCUGACCGAGAAACAAGGCAAGACACAAUGGAAGUUGAAGUCCCAGAGGGACUACCGAUUGACCUUCAGGCCAAACUAGGAGUGUCCUUGAUUCACUGCAGGCAAUUCCUAUCAGCAAAGGAAGUGCUUUCCUUGUUGUAUACAAAGGACCCCAACGACAUAGGGGAUCUUUACCUGGAUGUCGCCGAGGCCUAUGUUGACCUGGGUUGCUAUGACGAGUCUGUGCCAUUACUGCAAGCACUAGUUGAAACCAAAAAUUACAAUUUGCCUGCCGUGUGGCUCCGUUAUGCCGAGAGUCUGACAUCCUUGGGGAAGUUGGAGGAGUCAGCGAUGGCCUAUCGUCAGGUGCUCCAGAAAGCCCCCGGCCAUCUGGAUGCCCGAAUGGCCCUGUCUACCAUUGAGCAGCAACAGGGAAACUCAGACAUAGCUCUGGAGCUCCUCUCCAUGGACAGUGAGGAUGAGGCUGCCGCAGAUGCACAGCUCAUCUGGCAACGGUCCAUGUUGAGGUACUCCAAGGGUCUGCUCAAGGAAUUCACUCAAGACAGCCUUCUAUUGCUGAAUGCCUACCUCAACCAAGCUCCAGACAGAAACGUGCUGAAGCAACUUAAGGGUAAUCUUGGUGUCAUCAGCCAUGCCAACUGGUUCUCUUUGUACUGCAAAACACUGGAUGCCCUCAUCAAGUUGGGCCAGAGAGAGAUUGCAGAGAAUUUCUCCAACACGGUCCUGACGUCCAAGAGAUUCACCAGAGACCCUGCACAACGAUUGGAUGUUGAAGUCAUGGGCAUCUGUGUCAGUUUCCUGAACUCCAACUACCGAAAAGUCUAUGAGGACAUGCGGCAUAUUGUGUCUAAACACCCUAACAGUACUGCUGCCUGGAAUCUCUUCAGCUUUGUCACCAACCUAACCAACGACACACGACACCACAAGUUCUGCCUCCGAACUACGCUCAAAAAACUACACAACAACUUUGCCCUCUGCAUCCUGAAUGGUCACAAUGCUAUGGUUAGUGGUACUUUCAAGAAUGCCAUCGGGGAGUACACCAGGGGCUUCCGUCAGAAGCCUGAUGACCCCUUCCUGACCUUCAUGAUUGGUAUCUCCAUCUGCCACAUUGCUUGCCAGAAGUACACCACCAAGAGACACUCGCUGAUUGUGCAGGCUUUUGCAUUUCUUAAGAGAUAUGAGGAGUACAGAGGUGUAAGUCAGGAGACAUGUUACAAUAUCGGCCGAGCUCUUCACGAAGUAGGUUUGCUUCAUAUGGCUCUCCACUACUACCAUAAAGGCCUGGAUCUACCACAAUCUAGUGAUGACCCAAGAUUUGACCUCCGCUGUGAGCUAGCCUUCAAUUUGUCACUGAUCUACAGGCAAAGUGGCAAUGAGGAGAUGGCCAUAGAGAUACUGAGCAAAAGUGUCAUAUGACAUGUGCAUGGCAAACAUGCAGUAGCGUCAUAUGACGAAUGUAUGACAAAAAGGCAGAUCAAAUGGGAAGUGUCAUAUGACAAAUGCUCGUCAAAUGGCCACGUGUCAUACAUCAAGUGCAUGGCAAAAAAAGCUGCAGCAUCAUUUGACAAAGUACAGCAGUGGCCAAUAUCAGCAUAUGACAAGUGCAAAGCAAACUUGCAAUAGUAUCUUUACUUGUGCACAAGCGGAAACCACUACAGUGCGGGCAGUCAUUGCAAUCCCAAAUCUGAAUCAGUAAUCAUAAGAUUUUGACUGCAGGCGUGUCAGGACAAGCUCGCGAUGCCCCUGUGCAUCAGUGUAUCAAUCCAAACACUGCUGCCAUCUCAGAACUGGCACUGUAGAUCUUUUGGUGGGAUCAUAAGCCACAUUGACAAGUAGUAUCACCUGUCUAUUUAACCUGACGUGCUCUCUAAGUAGACACCUUAAAACCAAGCAACAGAAAGGAAGAAGAACCAUCAAGUAAACCACCAGUGUGAUCUUGUUAAUGAUACCGUUUAUUGGCACAAAUUCAUUUCGAUACAGAGUAACAAAAAUCUAGGAGCACUUUUAUUUUUGGACAUCAAACGCUGU